AUUUAAAAUCAUAAUGACGGAGCUGUCACGAGAAAUUGGAGAAAUCUGGUCAAGGUUGUUCGACCAUCGUCCAUUUCUGAAUGGGGAAAUAAAGUUUAUGUUAAAGGAGUUUGAGGAAAAGCGUGGAGAUAGGGAAGUUGAAAAUCUCUUUUCUAUACUUGAAAAGUUGACAGACAUUAAAGACAGUCAAGCAGAUAAAAUUAGAAAGAGUGGCGAAACUGGUCUUCCUAUACUUAAAGAGAAACUUGAACAAGCAUUGCAGCUUAGUGACGAAGUAGAAAAGGACUAUCAGGAGAAACAUAAGGUUAUUGAAGUAAAACGCCAACAACUUCGAGAAAAGAGACAAAAAGAAUGGGAUCAAUUUAUUGAUGAUAUGAACUUUAAAUGCCAAAGAAUUGAUAAUACAUUUGAAGAGAAAGAAGAAGAAUUAAGAGAUUUAUAUGCUGAUCUAAAUCACAAACUGAACAUUACUGACAAAUAAACCAUGGAUUUAAAAGGCUCCCUUGUUGAUACCAACCUCAGAAUCUUCCCAUCAAAUAGUUUAUUAGACUAUAUUAAGAAACUACCUAUUAAUAAUGAUGUACCUCUAAAUAUUGCAAGACUGGUGAAGGGAAAAUCUUAUGAAGCCAAACGUAAACAUGACCUAGACGAAGAAGCGAAAAUACCUGUGCAUUUCAACAGCACAGACAUAGAAAAUUUAAAUAAAAUAAAGGCUAUAACUAAGAUAGAUGAUAACACUGAAGAGGUUGUUGAAAAAGAAGAAACUGAAGUAAAACCGGAAGAAGAAACAGUAACUGUAGAGAAAACAGAAGAUAAACCAACAACUCCAGAGAAAUCUGAAGCAAAACCAGUAACUCCAGAAAAAACUGAAGACACAAGUACUGAAGAAGGUUCUCCAAGUAAAGAUGAUUCUAAAGAGCAGUCUCUUGAAGAAAUGAAAAUUGAGGAAGAUGAAGAAGAAGACUUAUACCUCACUACUUCUGAUAUAGACUGGCUUUAUAUCUAUCUACAAAACCAAAGAAAGAAAGGAACAGAAAAUGUUCCAUACUUAAAUACCCUGUUAGAGGGUUCAGACGUAAGAAUACCGAAAAACCAACGCAUUAAGCGAAAUCCCGUUCUCGAAGCCAGAUGUGUAAAACUCAGAGCGCAACAGGAAGCAAGGGAAUAUAGAAAGAUGACGAAAUCUGUUGACAAUGUUAGACUGAGGUUUCCAGAAGACAGCAUUUCAUACCAGAUGAAACAACUGAAUCGUCAGUUGAUUGCUAUUGGACAGUUCCUCAUUUCAAUUUUCGCUGGAUUUCUUUUCGGAUUCAGAGGUGUUGAAUGGAUGGUCGGCAAUCUCGAUUUCGGGUUUAGGCUAUUACUUGGCGUGAUGUGCGCCUUAGUAAUCGCCCUUGCAGAAAUAUAUUUCCUAGCCAAGAAGUUGAAUGAAGAAUUGAAUAUUCCUGAGACAGUACAAUUAGGUGGUCCUCCUAAGUUUGCUGAUGGGAGGCAUAAUAAUUAUGAGUAUGAACCGAGGGUCUCAAAAAAAGCAAUUGAUAAGGAACAUCAAGAUUAAUUUGUUAUUAUUUUUAAGUACAAUGUUUGUCAUUGAGUACAUUAGUUUAAAUUAUGGGAAUAGAUGUUAUGAACUUUUUAUUUAUUGUUGAACUGCCCUUUUUACUCUACAUUGAUUGUUAAAUGAAAACAAUUAUAUGUUAUAUAUUUAGUAUGCUCAAUGAUUUAUCAUGUUUGUGUAUGGAAUGACGCAGCAUUAUCGCUUUUUUUCUGUAAAUAUUGUACUCCCAUAUUUCAUAUACAUUGUUAUAACAUUAUAA